AUGGGAGACGGCGUGGAUAUAGAUUUGUAUGCAAAUUUAGACGAAGAAUUCACGCAGCCGGAAGCAGAGUUUACUUCCCAUGGUGAUGAUUUAUAUGACGAUGUUAUAACAGCACCAUCAAGUUCAGAUCCUGCUGAAAUUCACAAUAAAGGAGAUAGUUCUACCAGCUCCACCACACUCCCAACAACUUCUGGUUUUACUGGUAAAAAGUAUAUGUUAUAUGUUGGAAACCUUACUUGGUGGACAACUGAUGAAGAUUUGAGUGACGCUAUAGUGUCUAUUGGAGUAUCAGAUUUAUUAGAGGUUAAAUUUUAUGAAAACAGAGCGAAUGGUCAGUCGAAAGGAUUUGCUCUAGUGUCAGUUGGUUCUGAAGCCUCAUCCAGAUUAAUAUUUGAGAAAUUAGCCAGGAAAGAAUUUUAUGGGCAAGCUCCUCAGAUUACACCCUAUAGUAAACAAGCAUUAAGUAAUUUUGAAGCACAAGCCAGGAAAGGUGCACGACCCCCCUUCACUCCAACUGGUCCACCCCCAGGUCUACCACCACAUCAUGUUCCACCACCCAGAGCAGGUCCUCCACCUAGAAUGCCACCAAAUAUGAUGGGCAUGCCACCAAACCGAGGACCGCCACAAGGACCACCCAGGGGACCGCCUCCAUUUGGACAAAGAGGACCCCCACCCAGACCAGAGUGGGAGAGGCCACCAGGAGUGGGAGCUGUACCCGGUAUGCCACCAGGACUUCCUCCCCCUGUAUCAGCAGCCCCUCAUAUGGGAGUACCACCCCCAGCUCCUCAUGUUAAUCCAGCUUUCUUUCCCCCUCCUCACAGUUCUGCCCCUCCACCAGGAGCCAUACCUCCCCCUAUACCGAAUGCUGCAGAUCCAUAUGGUAGACCACCCCCCACAGUUUACCCUGAUCCUUAUGGCCGACCCCCACCCUCGGAUCGAGACAGGGAAAGAGACAGAGAGAGGUCUAGGGAAAGAGAAAGGGAACGCGAGCCUCCAGCGCCUGCACUUACUGAACAGGAAUUUGAGGAAAUAUUCCAGAGAAAUAAGACUGUCUCAAGUUCUGCUAUUAACAGAGCCGUAUCUGAUGCCAGUGCCGGAGAAUUUGCUAGUGCUAUAGAGACACUAGUAACAGCCAUAUCAUUAAUAAAACAAUCUAAAAUAGCCUCAGAUGAUAGAUGUAAAAUAUUAAUCAGUUCUUUACAAGAUACACUUCAUGGUAUAGAGGAAAAAUCUUAUGGUUCCAAAAGUCAACCGAGAAGAUCACGUUCCAGAGAUCGUGAUAGGGACCGAGAUAGAAAAGAACGUGGUAGAAGUCAUCGAUCUAGAAGUCGUGAAAGAGAAUAUAGAGAGAGAAGUCGAGACCGAGAGAGAGAUCGCUAUCAUGAAGACAGACAUCGAGAACGAGACAGGGAACGAGAUAGAGAAAGGGAUAGAGAACGAGAAUAUCGUCGUCAUUAA